CAGACAUUUAAUGAGCAAGAUUGCUUAAGGAGGAAGUAUUUUCAUUAUAAAAUAAAAUUGCCUCUGAAUUCUGCCAGGAACGUACCAGUACACUCUCAAGCUUACUCCGUUGUGCUGUUUACCCCUCAACUGAGAUUAGUCGAGUUCAGUCGCUAUGGCCGAGGCUGCGUCUCUUGCUCCUAAUGCCGAGUUGUUGGAUUGGCCCAGGAAAGACAAGCGCCGGUUUCUUCAUGUCGUGUACCGCGUUGGUGACCUUGACCGCAGUAUCAAGUUUUAUACUGAAUGUUUUGGGAUGAAAUUGUUGAGGAAGAGGGAUGUGCCAGAAGAGAAAUAUUCUAAUGCCUUCCUCGGAUUUGGCCCAGAAGUGUCUAAUUUUGUGGUGGAGUUGACAUAUAAUUAUGGAGUUAGUUCAUAUGAUAUCGGGACAGGCUUUGGCCACCUUGCUAUUGCAACUCAAGAUGUAUAUAAACUCGUAGAAGAUAUUCGAGCCAAGGGUGGGAGCAUUAUCAAGGAGCCCAUGGUCCUAGGAGGAUCCACUGUCCUUGCCUUUCUAAAGGAUCCUGAUGGUUAUAUUUUUGAACUCACCCAAAGAGGUCCUACUCCUGAGCCACUCUGUCAAGUACUGCUUCGUGUUGGUGAUCUCGAACGCUCUAUAAAGUUUUACGAGAAGGCCUUGGGAAUGAGGCUAUUGAAGAAGGUUGACAUGCCAGAAUACAAGUAUACUGUAGCCGUGAUGGGAUAUGCAGGUGAAUUAGAGGCAACAGCGCUGGAGUUGGCUUAUAAUUAUGGUGUGACUGAGUACACCAAGGGAACCGCAUAUGCUCAGAUUGCCAUCAGUACCGAUGAUGUAUACAAGAGUGGUGAGGUUGUCAAACAGGUUACUGAAGAACUUGGAGGAAAGAUAACCCGAGAACCAGGACCACUUCCCGGACUCGGCACAAAAAUUGUUUCCUUUUUGGAUCCUGAUGGUUGGAAGACUGUCCUUGUUGAUAAUGUAGAUUUCCUGAAGGAACUGGAACACCAGUGUCUUGAAGGAUCUAGCUAUGUUGUGGCCUUACCUGUACUUUGAUAGUAAACACUCCACGAGCUCUACUAUUCUAUGUUACUUUUAUUUAAGACUGAUUUGAUAACGUUUUUACUCCUUAUUUCUA